CGGCGUUACCAGGACGACAACGAUGAGGGGCGACGGGUGCGAGUUGCGCUAGCGGAUGUUGGGUGCAGACGAAAGGUGGACGAAAGAAGCUCGAAUCUGGUGGAUUCGAAAAUAAUUCGAACGAUAUUGGCUGUCCUUGUAAAAGCAAACCUGUGGACCUGGCCCAAUCGCAAUCGUGUGCUGUAAUUAUGGAAGCAAACAAGAAAGAACAGCAGGGCUACCCUAUGCGGAGGGAACGGAGUUUCCACGUGCAUCCCAGCAGAUCGGAGGCCGCCAACUUUGCUGCCCUGCGCCGCGAGCGGAGCUUCGCAAACCCGGCGCCUCCGUUCCACGUGCCGUUCGGACGUGCCCUGUACAACCCCUAUUUUGACUGGGAGCUGGAGGACGCGCUGUACUGGGAGGAGCUCGAGUACGAGUACAUGCUGCUGGGCGGUCGUGACCCGAGGCGGCGCAGCGCCAUGCCGGCACUGCGGGCCAAGCCGGCCAUGGAGCUCUACCGACCCCCCACAAUGCGCUCGCCCGGCUUCAUGGCCGCCUGCCCGGCCGUGAACGGCUACAACGGCGGCGGCGGCGGCGGCUCGCCCGACCGCAGCCCGUCGGCCGUCUCCACGGCGCUCAACAUCAACGCCAAGGAGUUCCAGCCGGUCAUCAACGGCGGCGACGUCGACGGCAGCGCCGCCGGUGGCGUCGGCGGCGCCUCGCCCGCCAAACAACAGCAGCAGCAGCAGCCGCCAUCCGCCCUGCUGCGCUCCAAGAGCUCCAAGGACGCCCGCUCGCUUAAGGGUAACAAGUCAGCAGUGCCGGGCACCUUGGUUCGCUCCAAGAGCUCCAAGGACGGCCGGAUCUUCAAGGUGACGUUCCGUUCGGGUGGCGCCGGCGACGCUCCCGCCCCCAGCGACGACGCGACGAACUACGACAAACGACCGGACGAGGUGGCGCCACUGGCGCCGCUGGCCGGCGGCCUGAAGCGCUCCCGCAGCCUGGGCGCCGAGCUGACGGCGCCGGCGCCGGCGGCGGCGCACGCCGAGUUGGGCGCCGCCGCCGAGCUGGGUCACUUCAGUCCUGACGUGCAGGCGCUCAUGGCGCUGGCCGUGCAGGACCCGAACCGGCUGACCGGCCGGCACAUGAUGGACCUGGUGCGGCACAUCUUCACGCGUCUGGUGGAGGCGGCCCGCUACGGCGAGCCGGCCGCCCGGCUCUGCCUCACCGUCAUUGAGCGAGAGCGCACCGAGACCUUCCUCGAGACACUGCUCAACACGUGCCAGGAGUGGUACCAGCAGCGGGACCGGCUGCUGCGGCCGCACCAGAGCACCUUCGGCAACGGAUUUGUGCCGGCCUCGCCGCGCUGGAUCGCCUUCACCACCUUCAUCAACGAGCUGUACGCCCUGCUGAAGCGGCGCCAGGUGUCGACCGGGCCGCGGCCCCGCUCCGGCUCGGCUGUCCAGAUGCUGCUCGAGCUGCUGGCCGAGUGCUGCCAGGUGACUCUGCGCGCACCCAGCGUCAACAGUCUGGCAGAGACAGAGUGUGUGUUCCUGAUCCUGACGUCGAUCGGCCGCGACCUGGAACAGGAGUCGCCGUCACACCUGGAACGGAUCAUGGCCGCCGUGCGCGAUGCGCUCAUCAACAGCAGCCUGAUCUCGGCCGUCAGCAAAACACUGCUGCAGCUGGUGGAGCUGCAGGCGGCCCGCUGGCAGCUGCCGGCGCCCACCGUCAUGUACUACUACCCCAUGUCGGCCAAGUGACGGGCGCGCGCCGGCCGCCGCCAUCGCCGCUCCUGUGUUCCGCCCGGGAGAGAGUGUGUGUUCCGUGUUGGCGUUGGCGCCGUUGCCGCGCCGUUUCUCGUUGGCCGCCGCGCGGCGCGGGCGUCGGCCGAGCCUGGCGACGAUCUCAGCGCCGGCGCGAGCCGAGCGUCGGCCGACGCGUCGAGACCGACGAGCCGCGCCGCGCCGACGCCGCCGCCGACCGCGCGCCCGCGCGCUAUUGUAUUCACUCUGUUGCUAUUUGAAUUACCGUAUUUAUGAACUGAUGAUUGAU